AUGAUUAUAGAUGAAACUGGGUCAAAAGGAGAUGUACCCAAAGGUAUGUGUGCGGUUUGUAAAGCAGAAAAUGUGGCAUGUCCCAGGACUCUAAAUCCAUCAGAUGCAGCACAAUAUGGUGUGAAGCCAGAAGAUAUUCUUCCUGGUGCUAGGGUUUGUAAUACUUGCCGUUGUAAAGUGGUUCGAUCCCAAAAUCGCCGUGUAAUAUAUUGUCCAUUACCAUCCUGCCCAACUGUUCAAACCAAUAAUAGAAGACCAGUUAAAAGAUUGCGCCCUUUACCUGCUAAAUGGAAUACGGCUCAAGAUAUCAUUGCUUCAGAAUUUCAAAUUGGUCCAACAACAACAAAAUGUUGUUCAGCUUGCUUUAAUCGUAUCCAAAGACGAUUAAUGGCACUUGGAGUAGUAGGAACAUCAAACAAUAUUAAUACUGAUACUUUAGAUGGCUGGACCGAUGAAGAGACUAAUGCAUUAAAAAAAGGAAUUCGAGAACAUGGUACUCGUUGGAGUGAAAUAAGUAAAUUAGUUGGACAAAAUAAAAGCCACUAUCAGUGCAAAGAGUUUUAUUUUAGCUUCAGAAAAAAACUAGGUCUAGACCUUUUGGUACAGGAGUUUAAAAAGACAAAUGGUAGUGAACAAAAGCCUGCUCUAACAGAUGAAGAAGAGUCAGGUUCAAGUACUUCUAGCUGUGAUGAGACUAACCUUGUUUUGUGUGACAGUGAUACUCAAAGUGCACCUUCACCAACAAACACUUUACCACAAUUAUCUCCUCCACGUGAUACAACUAGUCCGCCACAAAUAAAAUUGACUGCUAAAGAGUCCCAUGAUAGUGAAAAUUCUAUUCGAUCUACUGUUGUUAAAGAAGAUUAUGAUAGUUCAGCUACUGAAACUGCAGAUGAAGGAACUGGAGGUACAGCUGAAAAUGAGUCUAAUGUGUUGCAACAUUCCAAUAAUGAAUCUGAGAAAAAAGAAAAGAUUGUAACUGAUUUAAGUGUGUCAGAUAUUUUAUCUGAUGUAAUUGAAAAACAAUUUACAAAAGAACAUUCUAACCGAGAGAAGGAGAAUGGAUCUAUGCCUACCAUAUCAUCCAUUCUUUUAGAUCCUGAAUAUCCAAUUAAAGAUAGAAAUAUAGGAUCUAGCAAUAAUGAAAACAAACAACAGUCAAUGGCUACAAUAUCAGUGGUUCCUCCACCCUCUCGGGAACUACACAACAAAGAUGGUUUAGUAGUAGUUCAAGUACAAUCUUCUAAAAUGUCUGAAGUUAGAGUUCCCGAAGGUGUAACUCUUGAUUUAAGUAUCAAAAGACCCAGAGAAGGAGAUUCUUAUUCUGAUCCUCCGCCAAUUAGACAUGCACAACCUCCACCACCACCUGGUGCAAUGUACAGAACUCCUCCCACACAGAUUCAUGAAACAAAUACGUUUUAUUCUCCACAGUAUGCCGAAUUGGGACGAAGUGGCAAGCAAGGUGAAAUAUAUUGGACAAAAAUAUCACCAGCAAAUAAUCAUGUCAUGGUCCAUCCAUCGCAGUCUGUUCCUCAUGUAACUGUAAAACAAACAUCGCACAUAAAACUACCCAAUAAGGUAACAUCACCUCAAUUAUCUGUAGCAAACGUUGUUUCAUCAAAGUUAUCUCCUAACAUAUUAAAUAACUCAAAAGCUACUGGAUCCAUCAUGCAUGGUACACCUGUCUCAGCUGCUACUUUAUACAUGCCACCACAAUCUAAUCGUUAUUCUCAGCCUUCACAAGCUCCUGGUGGUUCUAUUACUCAAGGUACUCCUGUUCAUCAACGUAUGUUACACAAUUCAAAUCAAAAUAUGAAUGCAGAUUAUUAUCAAAAACGCAAUCCUCAGCCUCAAUAUCAAUCAAGACAGCCUCAUUAUAGUGAGCAACGACAAAUUAUUAUGAAUGACUAUAUUACUUCACAGCAAAUGCAUUCUAAUGUUGCUGCUCAAUUUCCUCGAGUUCAAAAACCUCCAGUUACUAGUCCGAUGUACUAUCAACCAACUCGUCAAGGUGUAAUACAACGUCAUAACACGGCUCCUAAAGCAGCAUCUCCACAAACUUAUCCUCCAGGACAUGAAGCACUAGGAUCUUUGGUUGAUGUUGCAAUAAGACAGCCCAGCUUACCUGUGCCUUUAAAUCAUUCUGAAGAUAGACACAGAGAACAAGAUCGUUAUGUAAGAGGUUCUCCAGUACCAAAACCACAUAUGUACAGAGAACAACAAAGACACGAGCAUAUGCAGAGGGAACGUGAAAUAGCUGUGCAAAGGGAGCGUGAAAUGCAAGCAGUUGCACAAAUUAGAGAACAGCAGCAAAGAGAUCAGUAUAUUAGAGAUAAGCAAAUGAUGCAUCAUCGGCUUACUCCUGAACAACAUUCAAGAAUGGUCGCUGCUUCGUUUCAACAACAACAACAACAACAGCAACAACAACGGCAACAAGAACAACCAAGAGUAAUGCAAAUACCUUCUACUGUCUCUUCAUUUCAACAAUCAAGAUCAAAUACUCCAGUAUCUAGGCAUCAAGAACCAUCAUCCAAUAUACAAAAUAGAGAUAAUACUGGUAGUGGUAGAGUUUCAAGACAAGGAACCGAACCUCAUGCGUUAACUGCAGCUAAUUUAAUUGACGCCAUUAUCACACAUCAAAUAAAUCAGAGUAAUGAUGGAACUGGACAUCCUCCUAAUGCUGUUCCAGUCACCAAUCAGGCACACGUUCAACAGCAACGAGCUGGUGAUAAGUUAUUUCAAGCGUUCCCAGAAGCAAAUGAAAAACAAAAUUUAAAACCACGAGCCAGUCCGGAAAUGAGUCGUCCAGGAGAACCAUAUCCACCUGAACAUCCUUUUAAAGAAUAUCCCUUUAAUAAUAUGUUAGCUGCAGGUUUUGAGCCUCAUACUUGGAAGCUUCGCCGAGCUUUACAACAGAAAGAAUUUGAACAACAAAUGAAAGAUGACAACAGUAGAGUUCGCUUUUAUCCAACACAAGCGGAUAUACCUUUAUCGCCUUUAGACUAUGUUAAAAAUCGGAUUGUUGAAGUAAUGCGUACUUCAGACGAUGACAACAAAAAUGAACAGGCUUACACUUAUCCAUUUUCAGCUGCAAUCAAUAUGUCUGCAUCUGCUACACAAAAAAAUAAUGAAUCAUCUGAUCCAAAUGGUGGUGGUGGUGGGUCUAUGUUAACAGCCCAAUAUGAGCCGAUGUCUGAUGAGGAUUAG